UAUAACUCUUGGUGAACACGAUUUUAACGUGACUCUUACCCUUUCCUUCAGCAUGCAGGACACUCGGUAAUCCGCUGAACACUCCCACGUUAAUAUUCUAAUAUAGUCCCCCCCCCCGAAACCCCUAUCAUACAUACCUAGAUAUUUAGGGUUCACUUCAAACCAAGGCAGUUAAGAUGUCGCGUCAGAACGGCCACUCGAUAUGGUUGAGUCUCUUAGCAUUGUCCACUCUUACCAGCACCGCCGUCGCGAGCGCUUUGUUAAAACGGGAUGUCACGCCAACAUCUACAACUGCAUCCGGGACACCUAAAACCGCCUGCGAGAACCCUACCCAGACAUCCGGCUACCCGGACUACAAUUCCUUCUGCCAGUGUCCUCCAUACACCGCCGAUUCCCCGGCCUACGGAAACCCGUACAUCGGUCUGGUCCGGUGCGACACCAAGUGCACCCCCGCCAACGCUACGCAGACCGCGACCCACCCGGAAAACGACAGCCUGGAGUCAUGCAUGAACGCUUGUACCGGAUCCUUCGAGAAGGCAAAGCGUGAGGAGUCCGAGCUAGAGAGAAGGCAAAGUCCGGACUGGUUCUGCCACGGCGUUAACUUUAUCAAAGGCGAGCUUUGCGAAUUUAUCGGAUCUCUUGGCUCGAGGGAGUUUGUUGAGGGAGGACCGGAUUGCUUUUACAUCGACGGGCUCGAUUCCUAAUAUGAAAAAGUAUCUCUUCUCUGCAAGUAUCGUAAAGGUUUGGGAGGACGAUGUGGUAGAAUUUGGAUGGUCCGGACACACACAUCUUUCGAUCCCUCAACUCUUUACCUUAACAUGAGUACCUGGUUUAAAACACAUUCAUUUCUUGUUAUCAUUCAAGUAUUCAUUAAGGAACUUGCUGCCACGAGAUUCCUAGGUAACGCGCGAUUCGUAUAAAUACCUAUGCAUGGAUAAUUAACUUAUAAUAGUUAGAAAGGAAGUUGUUUUUAGAUAAAUCUUAUAUUACGUAAGUAGAUUAUGAAAUAAGCACUUAGCUUUAAGUAAAAUCACCAUACAUAAGCCU